UUGAAAACUAGUAAACUAGAAAAAUUUAAACCUACGAAAACAAAAUACGAUAUUCAUUGUUCGAUCUCUUCCCGCAUUGCGAUGUGUAAAAUCUUUUUUAGCCUCGGUUUCUAUUCUAUCCUGUUCUAGUUCAUCUUAAAACGUUUUAAAUAAGUAGUCAACCUUGACAGUCAACGAUUCCCUAGCCUAGUCUGUGUUUGUUUUGUUGUGCAGGUUGUUCUUUCUUCCUAGCUGUCGUAGCUCGAUUUUAAUUUUUAUAUUUUAAUUGAAAACUUUUGUACCAGAGCUUAUUUUCGCUGCCUACUCAAAUUAUUUAAGAUUUAACGAACCCUAUAAACAAUGGCUGAUGAUGAACAAGAUUCCAAAGAAUAUAGAUGGGAAACAGGUUAUGAAAAAACUUGGGAAGCGAUAAAAGAAGAUGAAGAUGGAUUGGUUGAGGGGCUUGUGGCUGAAUUUGCUCAAAAAGCAGCGAGAAAAGCCGUUACUCAACGCCGAGGACCAGUUCGACUGGGUAUGAUGAGGCAUCUACUUGUUGCCAUUGACUGUUCUGAAGCUAUGAGCUCUCAGGACUUGAAACCGACUAGAUUUCUUUGCACAUUAAAGUUGUUGGAAAAGUUCAUAGAAGAAUUCUUUGACCAGAAUCCUUUGAGUCAACUAGGCUUAGUUACAAUGAAAAAUAAAAGGGCAGAAAAAAUCAGUGAGCUAUCAGGAAAUGUAAGGAAACAUAUUAAGGUGGUACAAGGAUUGUCCAAUAUGACAUUAACAGGAGAGCCAUCACUACAGAAUACUUUGGAACUAGCUGGCCGAGUCCUUAAACCACUGCCUGCACAUGCUUCACGGGAAUUAUUAGUUUUAUUUGCAUCACUUACAACAUGUGAUCCUGGUGAUAUAAGUGUUUCUGUACAAAACCUGAAGAAUGAAGGAAUAAGAUGCUCUGUAAUAGGAUUAGCUGCUGAAGUUAGAAUAUGCAAGAAAUUGUGCCAGGACACUGGUGGAGAAUAUGGUGUGGUAUUAGAUGACGUCCAUUACCGAUCUCUUCUACUAGAACAAACAUCACCGCCACCGCGCGCGCGGGCGCUGGAUGCCGGUUUAGUCAAAAUGGGAUUCCCACACUCUGCUCCACCCUCCACUCAGUCUGAUACAGAGCCACCAAUCACUGUCUGCAUGUGCCACAUUGAAGAAGGUGAAGGUGUAGGAGGUGAAGGCCAUCUAUGUCCACAAUGUCGUAGCAAAUACUGUUCACUACCUGCACAGUGUCGGACCUGUGGCCUAACACUAGCAUCAGCUCCACAUCUUGCUAGAUCAUAUCAUCAUCUGUUUCCUGUUGAUCCAUUUGAGGAAUUAAAAAAUGAAGGACAAAGUCAAUUCUGUUUUGCAUGUGUAAGAUCUUUCACAGAUACUGAUAAGCAGAUAUAUCGGUGUAACCGUUGUUUGGAGCAUUAUUGUUGGGAAUGCGAGAGCAUGAUAUCGACAACCCUACACGUCUGCCCCGGAUGUGCUUCACGCCCUCACCUCUAUCAACGAUUACCAGAUACAGCUUAAUUGUUUUCUCAAAUAUCUAGUCAAUAAAUGAAAAGGCAAAUAUGAUUGAGAUACUGAUUACGUUUGAACAUAUAACACCCUAGAAACAAACGCACGUCUGAAUAGGUAUCGCAUAAAUAGGCGUCGCUAACUACUGCCAUUCGAAAAUUCAUUUGACGAAAAUUACAAGUAGUCAUAAACGAGUUCUCGUCUAGGACUACUACUAUAAUUUUUGUAUGUAUAAAAUUUUUCACGUGACAGUUUGACAUAUGACAUCUUUUUUGUCAGAUAUAAUAUUACGUCAGUAACCAGUAUUUAUGAAAAUUAAAAAGCUUUUUCUUGUUAUUGUAUAGUAUUCUUUUACGUGUGUCGUUACCAUUAAAUAUUUUUGAAUGUAAUAAGAUUUUUUUGUGUCCGACUUAAUUUGUACUUGUAUUAAACGAACUGAUAAGCCAAUUUCUUGGCA